GAUUCUUUUUGUUCUGCUGAAGAAAUUAAAAUAAACUCCGACGAUCUUUAUGAACUAGAUGACAACAAAAACUGUUCACAGGAUGUUUACAAGCAGCUGUCCAAAAUCAGUCGUAUUGAAAGUUUCUCUGAGAGUAUGUGCAGUGAAAGAAAAUUAUUGCCGGAGAAUUUCUAUGAAGAACUCAACAAAAUUGUUAGAAAAAAUGAAACUAUUACCGAGCCCUGUGAAAAUGUACACGAAGAAUACAACGUUGUUGUAAAAACCGUGUCGGCUGAUGCUGAUAAGGCGUCUAUAACUGCAGAUAAAGAUGAAAACGAAUCGCCCGAAGGAUCAACAGAUUCAGAAGAUGACCCAGUACAUGUAAAAAUGCCGUGUUUUUCGGACACAGACGAGAAAGAUCAUUUAAAAAUAGUAAUAGUGGAUAACAUGUCGAUCAAAAAUCCAUCGGGUGCUAAGAAGUCGUGUAUGGAAAUAUUUUGGACAACCGGCAUCGAUUAUGUAAAACUCUUUUCUAAUAUUUCGUUUAACAUGUUGACGAUGUCAACGCUGAUGAUGCCCGCACCCGCGAUGACCGCUACCCCCAUGUCUACUCCUGGUCUGUUGCCCGUUCCCACUAAACUGGAAGUCGCUGGUAAAAUCACCAUUAAUCACAGUGCGACCGCUAACAAAGCAGAACACCAUCAUAUCUUCGUAGGAGAUCUUAGUCCGGAAAUAGAAACACAGACCCUCCGAGAUGCUUUUGCGGCAUUUGGAGAAAUAUCGGACUGUCGAGUGGUUAGAGACCCGCAAACGUUGAAGUCCAAAGGGUAUGGAUUCGUUUCCUUCAUCAAAAAAGCGGAAGCUGAAAGUGCCAUUGCUGCUAUGAAUGGGCAAUGGUUAGGAAGUCGAAGUAUCAGAACAAAUUGGGCCACGAGAAAACCUCCAGCUCCAAAAAGUGAAGCAAACUCGAAACCUCUGACGUUCGAUGAAGUUUACAACCAAAGCAGUCCUACAAACUGCACAGUGUAUUGUGGAGGCAUAACAAACGGUCUGACUGAGGAGCUCAUGCAGAAAACGUUCGCUCCUUUUGGAACAAUUCAAGAAAUUAGGGUAUUCAAGGAAAAAGGAUAUGCGUUCGUGAGGUUCUCGACAAAAGAAUCCGCUACACAUGCAAUCGUAGCUGUGCACAAUACAGACAUCAACGGCCAAAUUGUCAAAUGUUCUUGGGGCAAGGAGUCUGGAGAUCCGAAUAAUGCACCCGUUGCAGGCCAGGCAAUAGCUAGUACGAGUUUUCCAUACACUGCUUACGGCCAACAGUUAAGCUACUGGUACCCUCAAAGUUAUCCAGCAGCGAGUUCUGCACAAAUUCAGGGUCAAUUCAUAGGCGGCAUGCAAGGAUAUGCGUACGGCCAAUUCGGGGGUUAUCAACAAUCAUAUAUGGGCAUGGGUCUACAAGUCCCCACAGCCGCUACGGCGUGGCAAGGCAUUCCAAGCCAGCCGCAAAUACCUGCUACCCCUCAACAAAUGACAGCCCCCGCGGCUACGCUGCAACAACCGGGGAUAGUGUUCCCGAUCCAACAGUAUCAACUAGGAGACGAAGAAUGGCUCCUAGUAUGACCUUCUCUAUCUAUUCCCGUCAAGGCAGUCUGAUAACGACCUUUGGACCUCGUACAGAGCAUUCUACAACCAAGGAUCAAAUUUCGUUUAACAUGAGUUACCUGUACUUCUGCGGUAGGACUGUCAAAUUCGUAGAAAAUGAAAAAUAGAAUAUAAGAAUUUAUAUUUGUAAAGAAUGCUAGGUAUCUAUUUACAUUUGACUUGUACAAAAUGCAAGUAGAAUAGACAAAAAAAAAGGAAAUUUUAGAUAGGUUAGUUGAUAGUUAUGUAAUCAAGGCGUACGGAUUUAUACACAUACAGAACGUCUUAAAAUACCUUUGAUUUACUUGGUAUGUUCAUUUUAUAAAACAAUUGUACGUUUUAUUCAACAGAUAUUUUAGAACGUUCUGGAUACAAAAAGCACGGUAUAUCACAAAAAUAAAUGUUCUGAAUUAUACAUAGAUAUCAAUUUUAAAGGAAUCAGCUGUAUACUUAUACAAAGAAAAGACAUUAAAACUUUAGAAGCCAAAAUUAUGCUCGCUGUAAAGCAUAUUUGCGUAUCUUACAUACAAAAUUUACGAAUUUCAUAAUUUAGGCAACACGAGACGCGUUAUUAUAUUAUCGAAUUAAAUAUUUUAAUUGUAGUUAAUGCAAAAUUGCAACUUAUGGACCAAAAUUGAAUACCACAAAAAUAUUAAAUGGUGCGGAAUGAAUUAUAUAAACAUUUAACUUUGUUUUACCAAUAAAUGAGACCAAAAUUUUAUAGGUAUCUUGUUUUAUCAUUAAAUGCGAUAGAAAUUUCGGAUGAGAUGAAAUUUUAUUAUGUAAGAUAUGAAGAUAUAGCGCUAUGCAUAGACGUCCGUGUUUAGGCAUUUGAAUGAUAUUGAACAUAAGCGUGAUAAAAAAAAGUAUAUAUACAUACCUAAUAUACAUUAUUCAAAGUGAUUUAUAUCCAAAAAAUCCAACGUUUUAUAAAUAUAUAUUAUGAGCGAUGAAAAGUUUUGAUACAAGAUUUAAAAGUAUACCGCAGAUGUAGAACAUAGAACGAUGAGUAUUAUCCGUAAGGGGUGAUUAAACGCUAUUUUUUGAAAAUGUUUCUUCUAUAUCGUUAUCAAAAAUAUGGAUCGAAGUGAGAAGUAUUUUUGUUCUUAAUUAUAUCAAAUUUUAUUAUUGCAAUUCGACGAAUUCCGUAUUUUUGACUCAAGAAAAUUUCAAAAAAUCGAGUCAAAUAACUCUACGAAUAGCUUGGCAUAUCGUUUUUAGAACUAUUCUGUACCGAUGUCUAGGAAAUUAAAAAUAUUUUUAUAACAUUUCGUCAUAGAAAAUCUUUAUCUACCGCUACAUAUUAAAUACAUGUUUCUUUCAAUACCUGUGUAUCUAAAAACCAUAUGCGCAACUAUUUUAAAUAUUUAGCAUUUAUAUGAAUAGCUAUAUGUUCGUUAAAUGACCGUAUAUAUAAUAUAUAUAACUUGCACGCUAAUAUUAAGAAGCACCACGUAUUUAACGGCUGUAUUAGUGUCUAAGUGUAAAAGGAACCACUAUUUAGUGCUCUAUCCUUCAACAAUACUCCGAUGCUCCCCUAAGCCCCCCUUCCCCCAACGUGAUGCAAUUGUAAGAAACUCUCGUGUCUACUGCUUAAUAAAAUUUCCAAAAACUCAACUCAUAGUUCAGCAAUUUUUUGCUAACAUUUUUCAUGUUUCGGGGUGCAGCUCAUAAUGAUUUCCCAGUUUUUGGAAAUGAUUCGAUAUUAAGCCGAUUUAAUUUUAAUAGAUUAAAUGAUUUCGAGAAAUUUAGCGAGAAUUGGAAAUGUUUUAAAUCCUGUAAUAAAUGUUGAGGAAGAGCGUGGUACCUAAAUUAUUGAUCACGUAUGAUUUAUGUCCAUAAAGUUGAACAAUUAUUGGUAGUAGAGAAUUUAAGGUGAAAUUGGCCCUUCAUUAAGUACUAUAUAAUUUUGAAGGGAAUAAUGCGUAUUUCUUUCGGUGAUUUUUUCUCUUAUGUACCAAUAACAAAUCUACCAAUAAAAUCCAUUUCUAGUUUGAUGGAGCAUAUUGCAAGUUUAGCUCAAUUUUCUCGAAUUGGGAGCUAAAAGCUUCCAUGAACUACAAAAGGAUUUUUAUUAAAAAUACAAGGAAUGAUAGUAUCAUUUGGCGAGAGAUACGGGUUAUUCAUCAAGGGCAAAUUAAUUAGUUGUUGAGUGUAGGUGUUUGUGCUGUUAAUGAACAAAGAUUAGGAUAAACUAGUAGUAACUUCGAAUUUUGUUGUUGUUGUUGAUUUAAUUUGUUGAGACUGUUUAAAUUUCGUUAUUUAGUCUAUAAAAACUUUUAUGUUUUAACAUUCCUAACGUUAAUACCUCAAAUAUGUGUUCAUUUGUAUUUAUUUUUUACCAAAAAGUAUUUUUAGGUGAACUUCUAGUGUUUUGUUUAUUUCAUAAAUGUAGAAUGAUGUAUUUAAUAAGUAUAUGUUUGCAUAUAAAGCUUGUGGACAUACUCAUAUAAUAAUUAUCGUAUAUCCAAUACUUCCUCAUUGUAAGAAAAAGUAUUUAAUCGUUUGUAAUGGAAAUGCAGUUAUUUCAAAAACAUAUCGAAAUUGAAGUAAACUCCAUACAAACUUUUGUCGUAUAUAAUCUCGAUACUUUCGAUAAAAUGGAAAAGUCAACUAGAGUUGAAAUGGCGAUGGAAAUUCUCAUGUAAUUAUUAAUAUUUCUUUAAUUAAAAACAUGUUCUUAUUUCGACGAAGUAUUGGAAAACUGCAGUGAAAAAAAUAUAAAUUACAAUGUGUAAUUGAUGAUGAUUUCGCCAAGAAACAGCACAGUAGUCAAUUACAGCUAGUAACCUAAGAGGCUAAACACAUAGGUGGUUCUAGAAUUGCAUGUAAAAGUUUAGUUAGAUAUUAUUAUCAUAAAAUAUCAUACUCUGUGAUAGUAUAUUGUUGUCUUAAAGAACUGUGCAAAAAAAAGAAACGAAUUAUAAUUAUAAAAAUGCUUAUAUAUACGAUAAACAUUAUGAUAGAUUUUUUAUAUUAUUAUAAUUUAAACUGACAGUGUCGUUUGACUCUUUCACAUGAGGGCACAAAAAAAACGUAGUUUUUCUCAAACACGAAUAUCCUGCAAGUCAAAGGUCACUGUUGCCUUUUCUUUAUCGAACUUUUAUACGAAGGAAGUAGCGCAGAACUCAAACAGAAAGAAAAUCAACGUUUCCAAAAAGUGAGACCACACAGAUUAGCGUAACGGUAUUUAUAAAAUUUUCCUUUUCAAGUACUUAUUGGUUAUUUCUGUUUGAGUACUAAGUUUCACGAUGACUACGACCAAUUAAAAUUAAAUUGGCCAUUAGGUUACAGUCUCACGUACAGCUAACGGAGCCCACCCAUUCUACUUACGCGGAUAAUUAUGUGUUUUUUGAAAUAUUCGUAAAUAAUGUAAAACCCAUUUCGCUGUGUUCCCUUUCCCAAUGAUUGACAUUCGUUGUAAUAAUAUGACAUAUCAUAUUCUGUGUGGUGUUAGCUUUAAAAUAAAUGUGUAACUAUAGGAAAUUAUAGUAAGUAUGGUGAACAGAAAUGAACUGGCUGGAAUGAAGGUUCAUUGUUAUAAAUGUAAUUAUACUCGAAGUUGACGAUUUCUCUAAAAAUGGGCAACAAAAUCGUACGAAUUUACUGGUUAAUAACAAAAUUUCAUUUUGUUUUUGAUCACUCUAAAGUCGUCUACUUUGUUUUACUGUAUAGUGAAACGAAAUUUACAACUCCAUUGAUGUUUAAGACGGAAUUUAAUCAAAUUAUUUAUCAAAAUUAGCCCUAGUAAUAGAAUAAUCGGAUACAAAAAUACGUCGUCACCGUUUUGGCCUAUAUAUGAAUGUACAGAAUUAUUAAUUGUAACUUAAAUGUGAGAGUAUUCGAAUAGUCUAAUCAUUAGAAAUAAAAGUUCGCUUCACUAACUUUGAUCUGUACGCGUCAGUUCGUUUCUGAAUAUGGGUACGUUAGUUGUGAUGGAUACGUCAGAUUCUACAAUUGUAAAAAAAAUGAACCACGUAGAGAAGACUAAUAGUGAAAACUGCAGUGUAUAGUGUGUACCCUAUAGUACCUAAAUUUUGUUAAUUGUUUACGUUGUAUCUACAAUCUGUAAUAUAGUUAAGAAAGUUCGAUCUUGUUGUUUAAACUUCUUCAAAUUUCUAAGUACCGAUCACGUAAUCAGAAAUUCGAACAAGUUCAUUUGAAAAAUAAUCUGGACGUUUCAAAUUUGUAAUAUAACAUUUUAUUUAUGUACAUUGGAAAGGAAAAAAUCAAAAGGAGUUACCGAUUUUAUUUAGAUAUCAGCGUGGCUCUAUUUUGAUACUGUAAAAAAUAGCCACAUCAAAGGUAAAAGUAACGUUGAUGUCUUGUAAUAUAUGAAAUGAAAUCGGAAUAUUAUGCGACCUCUUUAUUAAUUAUCCAGCCCGACAACAGUUCAACAUCUUUAUGAAUAAUUCCUCGAAUUAUUGUGUGACACUCACUUUCUGAAUUCAACUAAUAAAAACCAGCGGUAAAUUCGUUGUCAAUACAAAAUUAUAAACCGAAGUUCGAACUGUUUACCAAGAUUCUUGACAAUCACUGGGCAAUGGAAAUAUGUAUGAGGAUCGUUUUUGAAGUGUUGCAUAAUUAUCUGAGUUCGAACUUAUACAUAAUAUACUUAUAUUUAUUGCUGCUGCGCAUGAGGUUGGAAACGCGUGUUUAAUUCACGCCAAUAAUUAUACAAAAUGAAAACUUAGAUAUUAUAUUGUAGAAAAUGGAAUUGAAUAAAGACAGU